AUGCCGCUAUUUAAUGAUGAAGAAAAUAAGCGUAUCAGGUACCAUAUGAAGAUGUGGGGACAUCUUGACGAUCGGUUUGUAAGAAUUAGUGAAUUAAUGCCGCAAUUUACGCCAAAACAAAUUUCACACCAUUGGAAGAAUCAUCUCGAUCCACAAUGUAAGUAA